CGACUGUUGAUUAAUAAACAAAUGUGUAAUGUACACACAUUUGAUUUUCACAAAAUACUGCUAAAGGGUUGGUCGCACAAAUGGCGAACUUCCGGUCGUGGUCCUUUUGACGAGAACACGGUUUGGGGAAAUAAUCAGAACGCGCUUAAUUAUUUCACUAUCUCCGAACGCGGCGGGACACCGGGCAGCGACGUGUGUACACAUUGGCUACCACUACGACAGGAUGUCAGACAGCGAGUCCAUCAAGAAAAUGCUGCGUUCUGUACUCCAAUCUAGCAAGGAGGGUGUGAAUAUUCAAAGCCUACAGUUUGAGUACCGCUCACUCUGUGGGGAGAAUAUCCCGUUGAGAAAACUGGGCUUCCUCAAUUUGGAAGACUAUCUCCGAAGCAUACCCUCUGUGGUGCGGCUGGAUGACCACAAUGGAGAAUUGAGAUGCUACGCUAAAGUAUGCAGUGAGACAGCACACAUCGCCCAGCUGGUAGCACGACAGAAGAGUUCCAAGAGAUCGGGAUGCUCCCAAAUCGUCAACUGCAAGAUGAGAUGCAAAGCUUCCGACCCUUACAUGCGUCGUGGGUGGCCUGUGUCCUCUCUACGGCAGCCUUCAGGUGGCGGUGCUUUGAGGCCAGCCAACCGCUUUCAACCCCAUGGUGGCUACAGAAGCUUCAGUGCCUCACAUGAUGUCAAGUCCAGGCAAGCCGGCCAGUCCUUUAUGCUACCAGUAGAGCACAGACAAUCAGCGCCUCAGCCAGUUGUGAAACCGUCUGCUGCACCUGACAGGGCCAAGAAGUUGGUAAUGCCCCAGAAACCCAAAGAGAAACCAGCCGAACAAGUCUCUAGAAACAACUGCCCUGAGUCAACACUGUAUGACAAGACUAUGGUCCAGAGAAGAUUAAUCCAGCUUUUGAAGAAGUACUGCUCUGGGCUGUGGAUCUCGAAACUGCCAAUUGUCUUCAGUGAAAUGUUCAAGCAGCAGCUCCCACCUCAGGCGCUCAAUGAUCUGGAAAAGUGGCCACACGUUUGUAUGGUAGAGAAAUCAUGCAGCAACAAAGGCGACUUCCUGGUUUACCCCACUCUGUCUUUUUCGUCUGCGCCACAGAGCAGCCUGUCUGGAGGCCCUGCAGAACCUUCCGUCAACUUGAGCACGAUAUGUACAUUAGAUUCUACACAGGUGUCCACCUCCGAUUCUAGAGUUGGCUCCAUAGAGACCGUAGCCAACCCGGCACUCACUUUGGCUUCACAGCCAACAGAUCAUUUUACAUCUUUGGAGGUGUCACAAAAGUCAGGCAAAAGUCUGGCAGUCACACCUGACGUCAACCUUGAACAAACUGCUCAUCCUUUGGCACCUACAAGGAAAUAUCCUCCAAACACCGACACUCCUGCAAUUACUCCUUCUUGUCAUACUCCCUCUGAAGAUUUACUACCACAAAAGUCCACCUCAUCAUUGAACUCUCGCCCUUGUCCUCCCGUUAAGUCUUGUGCUGCCAUUUUGCCCGCUGAUGUGCGUCAGAGACUAAAGGAACUUCUAUCCAAGUACACGAAUGGGCUGUGGGUCCAUGCGUUGCCCAAACUUUUCAUGGAUGCUUACAAGGCCCCAUUCCCUGAGCUUUUUAUGGAUAAAUUAUCUCUCCUUCCGGACCUCUGCACUGUGGAAUACCCUAUUCCACAUGACGGCAAGAAGGCCAUCAUAUAUGCACCCAUGACAGUAAAGCUGGAAGGAACUGAGAGUACACGCAGUCAAAACACCAGUAGCCACCAGCUUCCAUCUGGUCUGGAGGUCACUGGUCCUGUAGUUCCUGCCCGUCUAGUUCAUCCCUCAAUGCAGUAUCCAUCUGUGCUGGUUACUGAUGCCAAAAGCAGUAACGUAGUUACUAUAAGGUAUGUUGGUGAGGGCUAUUCCACAGCCCAGGAGGCAAUGGAGGAUGCUAUGCUUUCCUUGUAUGAACAAAGCACCACCUUCCAGCCUCUCUCAGAGCUUGCUGUGGGUCAGCUCGUAGCAGUCAAGGGGGAGAAUGGCAACGACCUGACUCGAGCUCAGGUUAUUGAAGUGACCAACAACAUCAUCAAGGUUUACUAUGUGGAUCACGGCUUUGCUGCGGAAAUUCCUCAAGAAAAUCUUAUGCCUUUGCACCAUGACUUCCUUUCACUGCCCUUCCAAGCCACCACUGUUAGGCUGGCAGGUUUAGAGGCAUUCAGUUCCCAUCCUGCUGUGUUGUCCUGCUUGGAGAAGUUUGCGGUUGGAAAGAUUUUGCUAAUGGAGAUACUUGGUUCUUCUACUCACCCAAAUGACUUGCCUGAGGUGUUGCUCUAUGACACCUCACAAGAUGAUGACAUCAAUAUCAACUCUGUCUGCUUAAAGGAGCUGCAAGACAAAACCAUGAAUAACCCCUUAACUGUGAAUUCUAUCUAUCAGGGUGUAUGUGUCACAAAUAUUUGCGCGGAUGGCAUCGUCUUUUGCCAGCUCCCCUCCAGAGGAACCACAAGACUUAGCAAGUUGUUAGAAGAAACGGAAGCAUUUUUCUUCUCGCGGAUGACUUCUGAGUACUUGGUUUCUAAACCCUUCAAUGGCAAGAUGUGUCUGACCUGCUAUAAAGACAAAUGGUGUAGAGCAGAGAUAACCAACCUUCAUGGCAACAGGGUCAUUGAAGUGGUCUUAAUUGAUUUGGGCGUCAUGGCAACAGUAGAGGUCACUGAACUUCGAGAGAUGCCCCCUCUUUUCCUCCAAGACUUUGCCCUCAUCCCACCACAGGCCAUCAAAUGUCGUCUGGUGGAUGUGACCGUUCCAGAUGGUGCCUGGAGCCUAGAAAUUGUUUCCUGGUUGAAGAAUGCUGUCCUGGGGGUUGACGAUUGUAAAAUGAGGAUUGUGAAGUUGGAGGAGCAAAAAGAAGGCAUACUUGUGUACAUCUACCUAUUUGUUGCUGCUGACCAUGAGGACAUGCACCAGAGCAUCAACCAUAGGUUGAACGACCCAGAAUUAUGGCGGGCACUCAACAGCAAAAAAGGUUGCACGGUUACUGGAAAUGGCAGUGAUUCAGUCAAGAGACUGGUUGUGAGCAACCCAACUUGUCUUCAUCCACAACUGUGUGAAUCAUCUUCAGCAGAAACAAUCACCACAAUGCCGCCACCUCUGGAGCUUCCCCUGCUUGGUCAGAACAUGGAUGUUUAUGUACCAGCGGCUUGCCAUCCUGGUUAUUUCGUGCUGCAGCCGUGGCAGAACCUGCAUAAAUUGGUCGUGUUGAUGGGAGAGAUGAUGCUCCACUACAAUCGGGCUGUCACCACCACAACUGGGCAGAUCAAGAAAGGACACAUCUAUGCGGCCAAAAUAGGCAAUAAUUGGUACCGUGCAGUGGUGAAGGGGAUUCUGUCCAACGGCUUGUUUUCCAUUUACGAGUUGGAUCAUGGAAAACAUGAACUCGUCCGCAGCUCUUUCCUGCGACCUUUGAUUGAGGAGUUUCGACAGCUGCCUUUUCAGGCCAUCAUUGCGCAGCUGGCAGGUGUGCCAAAGUGCCAAUGGUCAGAAGCCACGUCCUUGGUCUUCAGGAACCAUGUGGAGAAGCAAGCACUUGUGGCACAAAUUGAAAAUGUUCAAUAUGAGUCCGAUGUUCCAGAGGAACCAUGGGAGCACAAAUUAACUGUGUAUUUAGUGGACACCAAAGUAGAUGACAAGGACCUUUGGAUCCACACCCUCAUGGGGGACAUGUGCACUGAGCCAUCUUCCCUUACUUAGAGACAUACCGAUGUUUCUAAUGUUGGGUUUAGUUUGCUGCACCCGAUGCAUGUUAUUGAGACAUUUGUUUUUGUGCAUGUACUGUUCUGAAGCUAUACUUUUGAAAUAUGACACCGAGUUCCCCCCUUUUUGUUGGCAUGCCUCUGUUUUAAAAGCUUGCAAGUGCAAUUAGAAAAAAACUUGACACUGGAUUCCUUCUUCAGUUAUGGUUCGUUUUUUUGUUUUGUUUUUUCAAGUGGGUUUACAUUUAACAACUAAUUUCCAAUCUAGUGUAUAUUUUCAACGUGGGUUGCAAUUUUAGCAUGAAAAAAUGGAAAAGUGGGAUUUCAUUUGAUGUAGAUUAUUUUAGCAACUCGAGUUCAUAAAUUGUUUUGCUGGAAUGAAUUUACAAAGUAUAAUAUAGAGUCGCAUUU